AUGGGCUGUGGCUCUAGCGCUUCGAGCGUCUCCAAGAAGGACGUGAGUGCGCUGAGUGUGUACGAGGCUGAAGCUGCCCGGAAAUGCAACGAUUGUCAAGCGAGCUGUGUACUGCGAAAAGUUUCUGGCGCCUGCAGCAUGUGUGGUGCACCAGGUAAGGCUGUAGAAUGCUGGUGUUGCCGUGGGAACUGUGGGUUCCUGGUGUGCCUGACUUGUGAGCUGCACUUGGCAAUGAUGGGAGAUAGCGUGGGGCGCCUCCGUUCUGCACGUCAUGCCUUCAAAGAGGAUCUUGACUCAGCUUCAAUGAGGGAAGCUGCGGCAAUCUUGGACGCGUUUGCAGGGCUGGAAGCGGCCACAGAUACCGCGGAUGCCCAAGAGCUGCAGUCGGCCCUUGCGACCGCAGCAGCAGUUGACGCACCAUUUGUACAGCAAAAAGUUGCAGAGCUUGCACCGAUCCUUGAAGAUUGGAAGGCGGUGAAUUUGAGGUUGGAAGCAGCCACUGAAGGAAGCAGCUUGCCCUUGCUGUCCCAAAAUUUACAAGAGGCCAAAACGCUCAAGGUGCAGAUGCUGGAAACUAUCCAGCGCGCAGAAGCUCGCUUCAUGCAGAUGCAAGCGCUGGAAAGGCUGGAGGAUAUCAUCAGCCUCUCGCAAGUGCAGCGCGUGACUGCAUCUGCUUUGAGCGAAGCAAUCGCAAGUGCCCGGGAAGUGCAGCAGAACCCACAGCUGAUUGAAGUGCUUGUCCGAGCGGAACUUCUUUUAGACAUGCUCUCUGCUGCUGAAAGACUGGACCUUGCUCUGGAGAUUUGGGAGCCAGAUGCCUUGAGACAUGCAAUGGCAGAAGCCAGCAGGCUCAGAGCUGUGGAUGAGGGCAUCCUGACGUACGCCCAGGUAGAGCUUGCAAAGAUGGAGGUUCUUUGUAUGGCAGGCCAUCAUCUCCGAAGAAGCAGAGAGUUUCGCGAUGCUUGUUGCCAUGGCUGCUAUGCCGAGUCUCGUGCGAAGGAAUUGCUUUGGUACCGAUGUGACCUUUGCGAUUUUGAUCUGUGUCAUCACUGCCUCGAGUGGCGUGCGAAACCUGAUGAGAAGAGCUUGCCCGUGGACCCAGUGAACCCAGUGGUCCCAGUGGAUACAGCGGGCUGUGGAGAUCCCAUAAGGGACACAGCCGCCGCGGAAACCCGACUUGGCAAUGAAAAGAGCCAGCGCAAUUGGUUCAAUGACCGGGCGGCUAAGAGCAGGGCCACAAACUGCCAGUGGGAGCUCUUCAGAGGAGGUUCUUGGAUUGUUUGUGGAAGGGGCUUAUCAAAUUGGCUGACGGAGGCAUGGCAAAGUGGAGUCGAGCAAGCUGAGUACAUUGCAACCAACGAGCAGAAGCACCUGUUUGAUUUCACACUGAUGGAGCAGGUCAUCCUGAGCUCUGGCAAGAAACGGCCUUUGCGAAAUGUACUGUGGGAAGUGGAGCUGGACAUGGGCUGGUUUCUAGUUGAAGAAGACUUGGCACAGCGGCUGCGCAUCAACGAGACUUGUGGUGUCUCUUCUUUUCAGUAUUCUGCCAGGAACAUGCAGUACACAAUUGACAUAGUAAACAUGGAGCAGGUGAACCAGAACCUGGGAACACGGAGAAAGCUUCGCAAAAUCUCAGUGAAUGACACACCUCCAAAAAUGAGCAGACAGCAGUUGCGAAUGGCUCUAGAAGAUGACUUUCCUCGCUUCGCAUAUGCAACCCGCCAGUGGCUGGCUUUGCGUUGGCCUUGGCAGGAGCUUGGAGAUUGCAGCAUGGAUGCAGAGGGUUUCAUCCGUACAGGCUUGGCAGAUGAAAUAGCAAGUGGUCUGGAGGCUUUGCAGCAUGAGAUCCCACCUUUGGGCAACAUUCUCCAAAACAUCAUUUGGUUCGACUGUGUGGACCGGGCCAAGCAGGGAUCUCUCAGCCAAAGCCAGGUCGUUGACGCUAUUGUUCGUGAUCCUCGGUGGCGCUGGGGCCAUCCAGGCGCAGAAGAUGCCUGCAGUGCGCUGUGGGCGGAGCUACGGUUGAAAGACACCGGCGUUGAACAGCUGGAGUUCAUUGUUGCAGGUGGAUUGGCAGAUGAGUUGCUGGAGAUUCUGAGUUCAGACCUGGCUUCGGUGGAUGACUGGAUCAUGGAGAAAAAACUGCCCUUUUGGGACGGUCAAGAUUGUGCCAUUUGCUUCUGUCCCAUUGGGAGAGGAGACGUUGGCCGCCGCAUGCGUUGUUCUUGCUGGCUGCAUUUUGAGUGCUUGGGCCAUGGGCUGGGUGUGAAGAUCUCUGAAAGAGCAGUGGAUGACAAGCAGAUGAGUAUUUGCCCAGCCUGCAACAAAGACUUGGGCAGAGUCAUCCCCCCGGGAGUCGUUCACAGAGCGGUUGGGGACAACAUGUUUUCAAGGUAUUUGGAUCUUCGUGUGGAAGUUCAGUGGCAAAAAGAGGCAUUUGACAGCGGAAGACUGGUGGCAAAAUGCCCCGGCUGCUCUUUUCUGGUCUUAUGCAAUGAGCAAGAGGAGAUGUAUGCCAUAAAAUGCCUUCGGCAAAGUUGCAGUGUGGAGCGCUUCUGUGCAUUCUGCUCGCUUGCAGAACACCGACCAUGGACCUGCGAAGAGAACGAGCAGCGAAAGAAGUACGAGAACUCUUCUCAAUUUGUGUGUGGCCUGAUUGAAGAAGCCUUGGCUCAAGCCCUCUACAGAACGUGCACCGGAUGUGGCGUGCCGACGGAACGCAUUGAUGCAUGCUGCCACAUGACAUGUUCAGCUUGCAGAGCAGAAUUCAGCUGGGUCUGCGGAGCUGACUACCACGUGUGUCGGACAUCUCACCCGUGCCUAAACUCCUCCAUCUAUUUGCAUAGCAUGCCCCAGUUGGCGGCAAUUCUAGACGAACGUGGGCUUCCACGCUCGGAUGAGAAUGGUAGCGACCUCUUUCUCGAGUUGCGCUGUUUGUAUCUCCUCUCGGCAGUGAAGCGGAAAGUUGGUAAUGCUGAAUGGAACUAUGCGCGUGAGCAGUUUUCGGAGGUCUUGAACGAUGUCAUUCGUGGACAUUGGAGCAUCCCAUGGAGUGAAGUCGGAAAUGUUGAGCGCCUCACCGCUCUUUUGCCCAUGGCAUUCCCUCCUCUUAGGGAUCAACUUCUUGCCGGCCUUGCCACGUGGUGUGCACGCAUGAAUGUGGGUGCGCUUAGCACCCUGACAGAGUUCCAUGGCAGCUUUGCUGUGGCUGUAGGCAGACUUGAGUCCUUAGAGAGCCGUCAGGCUGUUCCUGCAGAGAUCCCUGAGGCUUGCAAGUGGUGUCACAGGCUGCAUCAGUUCAGUGCAAAGGCCGGGCAACAACGCUUGGCUCUCCGAUUUUCUCCUGCUUUGCCUCGCAAUGGCUUAGCAUUUCACCGAGCUCCAUGCAAGGAAUGGGCGCAAGUCUGGGCCUUGUCAGUCCGGAGAGCCAGGUCCGGAGAGAUGCCCAUUGCCACCGAGAGCAAACGUGUCACUUUGUUUGCAAAGCAGAAGAUCGACUUAGAGCUUCUUUGCUGCACAGUGUGUAGCCACGACGAGAGUAUCUUGACAUGCCGGAGCCGCCGGAGCAGAUUUCGGCGAUCUGAAAACGGGACAGAUUUGAGGCUCCCAAUGGCGCCCCGGUUGUCCUCGCAGGAAGCUCAGAAUGUGAUCGAUGGGCCUGUAAUGUGGCUUCUGACCCCACCAGAUGGGGGAUGGGAAUCUUCUGAGCUGAUUGCGAUGAACAAGAUCGCCUUGUUGCCUGCACUGAUUAUUGUCUUGAGGCCUUGGUUUUGGCCAGCUCUGGCAGCAUGCUGGAUAUUGUGGCAUCCAAUGCGCAUGAAUGGCGGUCAAUGGUUCUUCUUCGGGUGGGACCAGAUGAUAGACGAAAUUGGCUUUUUGACCUGCAUCUUAUCUGUCACUCUGACUCUCUACGACGAUAUUGAGGUGGAGUCUGAUGGUGAAGCAGCAGUAGUUGAACACGUGGAAGAGAAAAAGGAAGAGCCGUCCACCCAGCAGUGGCUUCUGCAGGAGGCAAGUGCUCAAAAAUCAGAAGGACAUGAAGAGCCUGCGGUUCACAAGGAGGUAGCAGCUGAUGCAGCCCUCAGAUCCCGAAGAUCUCGGCAAAGCCCAAAACAGGCUAUUGCAUCAUCAGCGUUCGCAUGGGAUAUCCUCUGGACAUCAACUUCCCCAUCGAAGUCCAGUGCAAGCUUUCGAAAGUGUAGCCAGGUAGUUGACUGGUGCAGAAUAUUGGCCGAGUUGUCCAUGACCCUGGCAGCUUUCAGGCUUUUCCUGGCAGCUGGCCUUUUAAAGAUGCGCCGCGGCAGUGCAUGCUGGAAAACUCUCACCUGCCUGUACGACCACUACGAGACGCAACCAAUGCCCAACUUGCUUUCCUGGGCGUUCCAGAACUACACGCCCCAAGCUAUGCUUUCGGUAAUGCGGUGGUUCGCGAUAGAUCUUUGUGAGUGUAUUGUGCCCUUUUUCUUAUUGAGCUUCGUGCUCAGCAUGGGCCCCCUUGGCAUACUGCACCGGCAGCUGCUUCAAAGAAAGGAGUGGUUCUUGCGACUUCCUGCGAAAGUUCCAGGCCGCCUUCUUGCGUCGGUCUUCAUCAUGAUCUUUGUCUUCGGCAUGUUCAUUGGAGGCAACUACGCCUUCCUCCAUCCUUUGGCCAUUGUCUCCUUGAUUGCAUCGAUGAGUACGGUGCAAGGUACAGCUGUGAUAAGGAAGCGAGAGUCCAAGCCUGUCAUGCUGUACAGAAGCCUGAUGCCCUGGUUGUUGUUGCCGCUGCUUCUUUUUGCCUUCUUGCCAAGCCUCCGUGCAUAUGCCUGGCUCUGGUCGGGGCAGGAGAGAUUGGGCUUUCUGGAGCCUCUCAUGCAGUCUGGAGUCGUCCGUUAUGCGGAGAGCUUGAACUUGGGCAUUCCUUACAAUCAUCAUGCGUAUUUUGCGGGUGCAGUUCACCAGCGCAAAGAGAUGGUGCUCUUGGCAGAUGUUGGCGAUGGUUUUGUUGAAGUCGAUGUCCCGUACAAAGUGGGUCGGGUGGACCGAAUGCCGUUACAAACCAGCCCCCUGCACCGGCGAUUUGCUUGGCAGUGGUGGUUCAUUGGCCUUGGUCAAGAUCCCUCCUGGCUCGUGAAUUUCAUGGAGUUGCUUUGUAAUAAGAAUGACAUCGCAUGGCAAGCCGUUGAGUACAACAACAAAGUGCACAGUCAGCUGCACAAGCUGCGGAGAGUCGCUGCACAGAUGUACCAGUACCACUUUUCAAAGCCUGGAUCGGCAGCUUGGUGGGAGAGAGUGGAACUGAGCAGGAGGCAGAGAAUCGAAUUGUCAUGCAAGUGA